CGGCGGCUGCGCUUCCCCGCCCGGCCGUGUAGGGGGGGCCCGUCGGCCUUGGCAAGCCAGCGGGCGGGCGGCCUCGGCCUCUGAGGAGCGGCAGACGCCGCCUGACAAGAGCCCAGAGGCGGCGGCGGCGGCGGCGGCGCCAUGGAGGACAUCAACUCCAACGUGAACGCCGACGCCGAAGUGCGGAAGCUGCAGGAGCUGGUGAAGAAGCUGGAGAAGCAGAACGAGCAGCUCCGCAUCCGCAGCGCGGCCGGGGCGCCCGGCGGCAGCCCCAAGAGGCUCCUCAGCGGAGGAGGAGGAGGAGGAGGCGGCUCGGGCGCCUGCACGCCGCCGCUGCUCUUGACGCCCCCCGCCGCCCAGCCCUCGCCGCCGUCCUCCUCCUCCUCGCCGUCGCCCCUGGGCCUCGAGAGCCGCGGCCUCAGCGCCAAGGCCGGGCCGCGGCGGCCUCCCGCGCUCGACGACGACGAGCGGGGCGCCGCCGACAAGAGCGGCCUGCUCGACGAGGUGGAGCCGCUGAGGCCCGACGAGCUGGAGCGGCUGGCCGGCUGCGAAGAGGACGAGACGGGCUGGUUGUAUAUGUCACCAAAGAAGAAAGUAGUGACCCCUGUGCAAAAAUCAAUCAGUCCGCUCGUUUGGUGCAGGCAAAUACUGGAUUAUCCAACUCCAGACAUUGAAUGUGCUAAACAGUCGUUGAUCCAUAGGCUUGAACAGACCAUGUCAGCUCUCAAGAGACACAGCCUAUAUAGUAAUCCAUUCAACACUGUCAAUUACACAAAUUCCUAUAGCCACAGUGCUGGCAGUCCCUACAAUACGAGCUUCAGUUCUUCUUCCCCUACACCAGCGAAAGCUCCGUUAGUAAAACAGCUCAUAUAUCCUAACAACUCAGGUCAUUUCAAAAGUUCUGAUCGAAAUCCUCCACUCAGCCCACAAUCCUCUAUAGACAGUGAAUUAAGUGCUUCAGAAAUGGACGAAGACUCAAUAGGAUCUAAUUACAAACUAAACGACUUGACCGAUGUGCAAAUUUUAGCCCGGAUGCAAGAAGAGAGUCUUCGGCAAGAAUAUGCAGCAACUACUUCUCGGCGUAGCUCUGGUUCGUCAUGUAGUUCUAUGCGGCGGGGAACGUUUAGCGACCAGGAACUUGAUGCCCAGAGCUUAGAAGACGAAGAAGACAGCUGCCACCCUGCAGUGCACCCAGCUAUGAAUAGGUUCUCUCCAUCACCCCGCAAUUCACCCCGACCUUCACCAAAACAGUCCCCAAGGAAUUCUCCCAGGUCUCGAUCCCCUGCUAGAGGAAUAGAGUACAGCAGAGUGUCGCCUCAGCCCAUGCUUAGCCGACUGCAGCAGCCCCGCCUUUCGCUUCAAGGACAUCCCCCCGAUUUACAAACCACCACUGUCAAAAAUGAAGAAAAACUAAGGCGUAGUCUUCCAAACCUGUCCAGGACAUCUAACAUCCAUGUUGAGUCUGUGAAAAACAGUAGAAGUGACUCAAACUUUCAAGUGCCAAAUGGAGGAAUACCUCGUAUUCAGCCUCAGUCCUCAGCCACUCUGCAAAAGCAGAAAAAUUUACACCGUGUUGCCUUCAAAACCAAACAACUGCUUCCUACUCCAGCUGCCAAAGGAGUUCCGUCUCCCAGUAAAUUCCGGUCUCCAGCAGCGCCCUCACCUCUGGCUCUGAGACAGCCAGUAAAAGCAUUUAAUACCCAUGGACCUAAUUCUGUUCCCGAAGCCACGCAGCUGCCUUUAGUAGCUCCCGGUUCUGCCUCUGCAAGUCCAGCCAGCAGCAUCAACAGUGCUACGCUUACCAGGCCUGCAGGAACCACAGGGUUAAGGAGUGGCUUGCCAAGACCUAGUGCCCCCUCCUCUGGGGGCAUUCCAGUGCCUCGCAGCAAACUCACACAGCCCGUUCGCAGAUCUCUGCCAGCUCCCAAAACCUAUAGCAGCACAAAAGACGAGAGCUGGAAGGAUGGCUGCUACUGAACAGCAAAGCUUUGCAACUCAGCCGCGCCCGUCUUCACCAGGCUAAAACCACAGGUCAACAUGCAGACUGAUGGAAAAUACUUUGGGAGGGUGGGGCUGAAACUCUCCAGAUCUCUCUGUCUUUAAUUAGCACAAGCUGGCAGAGAUUAUAAAACAGCACUUUAAUGACAUUAACAUCAGAUACUUGGUGAUCACUCAAAUCAUUUUUACGUGAAUCACGUAUCAUUUCUGAAGCUCUGCUUCCCUGCUUCCUAAAAUUGUUACCAAUGCUCACAUGGCUACAACAGCCCGCACGGAUACAACCCAGGGCAGAUAUCUUAAUAUGCCAAAGAUACAUCCAUUUUGGAAAAAAAGCAGCACGUAAAAAAAAUGUUAAGCAAAAAAAAUAAAUAAUAAUCCUUGAAAGAUCACACAUUACUGGAUUUUAAAGGGCAAGGCUUUCUUUUAACACGUAGAAGAGAAAUACUCAUCUCGAUCAAAGCGAAAAUUGGACUGUAAAAAUGCUACUGGGCUAGGUGAGAUUGUUUUAGACAAUUGUGGAAGAGACGCGUGGGGAAACCGAGUCACAACAGAGCCUUGUCUCUGGAGUCUCACUGUGGGAGCGGUAGGAGAAUCCGUACCAUUUAUUUUUUUUUAAAAAACAAACCUAGCCUCUGAGACUCGAUAAGCAUAGGUUGCAUUUUUCUUUUUUUUAUGUUGACUUGUCAUAUCAGGUUUUGUAUAAUGCUACGAUUGCCAAAAGGGCUCAUUUUCAGUUGUACAAUCCCAAAACUUAGCUGUUCCUGGCUCAGGAAAAUAGCCUUUUUUUCUUUUUCUUCUUCUUCUUUUUUUGCAGCGAUACUUUUUUAAACACACGAGUCCUUUUUUAGAGCAAGCUUCCUGAAAAGAGAAAAGAAGAGAACGGAUGAAGAAAUAUCGCCGCGUGCUUAACGCCUGGCGUGCAACUGAGCAGGCCUGUAGUUAACAUGAAGGGAAAAACAACUAUGCAGCUCUUGGCCAGAGGUUCUAAGGAAAUCAGUUGUUCCGCUGAUACCAAAUGCUUUUAUUCAUGUAGGUAAUGUUUCAUGGGAUGAGGGAGUCUUCUUUCUUCUUCUUUUUUUAAAAGAUCAGCUUCCUAGAGAUGCGUUUAA